AUGCCACAGGAAACGGACAUCUUUGACAACAUCCUGCCCUUGCCCUACAGAGUCAUCUCGCUAAUAGUAUUAGGGUCCUGGUUAUGGCUCCUAACAUUGAAAAUAUCAAAUAAUGUGGGUAUUAAUAUCACAAGUUUAUUGAAAAUUGAUGAAUCACCCACAUCCACAAAUUUAACCAUAGCUCAAAUAAUGCAUAACCAUGAAAAAUCAAGUAUCAACAUCUCGUUAUUAUUCGUCACAAGUUAUAUCAUUUUUACAUUGUUUCAUGAUCAAAAUAUUGAAUCAUUAACAAUUUUUGAUUUUUUACCUUUAUUAACCAUUAUGGCAAUUUUUUAUACAUUGUUGAAGCCAAAUAAUCUUGGUUCGAAAAGAUUAUUAUCAAGUUUUAAAAGGAUAUUGAAAGGUAAUAUUGAUCAAUCAAUAAGAACAAAUGAUAUUUUGUUGAGUGAUACAUUAACUUCAUACUCUAAAAUAUUAAUUGAUUUUGCAAUUUAUAUGUGUCAUAUUAUCAAUUUUGAAACUUGUUUACCUAAAUCCAAAGGGUCCACUAUAAAUAGAUCAUGUGGUGAUUCAAUAUUAUUGGAAUCUCUAGUUGGUGUUAUUCCAACUUUAAUCAGAUUAAGACAAUGUUUUAUUGAAUAUAAAAUUUCAAAUCAAAGAAACAAGACACAUUUAUUAAAUUUCAUAAAAUAUUCAACAAAUAUUCCGAUCUUGAUCAUAUCAUUGAUUAUCAAGAUUAAGAAAACUGAUAAAUUAACUAAAAUUUGGGUCCUUGCAUCUUUAAUCAAUUCAACUUAUUCAUUCAUAUGGGAUGUUAAUAAUGAUUGGGAUUUGAAAUUCUUCCAAAAAUUCAUAUAUGGGAAGAAUGAUCAUGGUGUAUUAAGAUUGAAAUUACAUUAUGAUUUUAAACUGUUUUAUUAUAUUGCAAUCUUGUUAGAUUUCCAAUUUAGAUAUAUUUGGGUAUUAAAAUUUUCACCAAAAUAUGAAAAUGCCAACUUGUUUUGGAAUUUUUUAAGUUGUUUAUAUACAACUGAAUUUGGAUUAUAUUGUUUACAAACUAUUGAAAUUUUUAGAAGAUGGAUUUGGGUUUUCAUUAAAGUUGAAGUGGAUUUUAUCAAUAUGAACCCAUUAGAAUAUAGAAAAGAUCAUGAUUCAAUUGAAUUGGAUUCAUUAAAAGAUUAG